AGUUGGUCACACAUCACAUUGGCUUUGCCCGAAGUUGUUUUUUCACCUUUCUUUAGCAUGCGACCAUGGGGAAAGUGACCGCUCGUGUCAGUGGGGGGAGUCAGGGUGGUUUAGUGCUCAGGGAACGGCUGUAACUUCUACGUGACCAUGGUACCUGUUGAAAACGCAGAGGGCCCCAGUCUGCUGAAACCGAAGGGGCCAGCAGCCGAGACUGAUGGCAGCGACAGAGCCAGCGGCGGCCGGCAUCCUCCCUGGGCGAGAGGUUGCGGUAUGUUUACUCUCCUGUCGUCUGUCACGGCUGCUGUCAGCGGCUUCCUGGUGGGGUAUGAGCUUGGGCUCAUCUCUGGGGCUCUUCUUCAGAUAAGAACCUUGUUAGCCCUGACCUGCCACGAGCAGGAAAUGGUUGUGAGCUCCCUCCUCAUCGGGGCCCUACUGGCCUCUCUCAUCGGAGGGGUCCUGAUUGACAGGUGCGGAAGAAGGGCCGCCAUCAUCCUGUCGUCCUGCCUCCUUGGACUUGGGAGCCUGGUCUUGAUCAUCAGUUUAUCUUAUGCGGCUCUCAUAGCGGGACGCAUUGCUAUUGGGGUUUCCAUUUCACUCUCUUCCAUCGCCACGUGUGUCUACAUCGCAGAAAUUGCUCCCCAGCACAAGAGAGGCCUUCUUGUGUCGCUGAACGAGCUGAUGAUUGUCAUUGGCAUCCUUUUUGCCUACAUUUCAAAUUACGCGUUUGCCAAUGUUUCCCACGGCUGGAAAUACAUGUUCGGCCUUGUUAUUCCCUUGGGAGUUUUGCAGGCGAUUGCGAUGUACUUUCUUCCUCCAAGUCCUCGGUUUCUGGUGAUGAAGGGACACGAGGAAGCUGCUAGCAAGGUUCUCGGAAAGCUGAGAGCCAUCUCCGAUACAACGGAGGAACUCACUGUGAUAAAAUCGUCCCUGAAAGAUGAAUAUCAGUACAGUUUUGGGGAUCUGUUUCGUUCAAAGGACAACAUGAGGACCCGAAUCAUGAUAGGCUUAACAUUGGUAUUUUUUGUACAAAUCACUGGCCAGCCAAACAUAUUAUUCUAUGCAUCCACUGUUUUGAAGUCCGUUGGCUUCCAAAGCAACGAGGCAGCUAGCCUCGCCUCCACAGGGGUUGGGGUUGUCAAGGUCGUCAGCACCAUCCCGGCCACCCUUCUUGUAGACCAUGUCGGGAGCAAAACCCUCCUCUGUGUCGGCUCCUCUGUGAUGGCAGCUUCAUUGGUAACCAUGGGCAUCGUGAAUCUCAACAUCCAUAUGAACUUCACCAAUAUCUGCAGAAACCAUCGUCCUAUCAACCAGUCUUUGGAUGAGUCUGUGCUUUAUGGACCAGGUAACCUGUCAGCCAGCAAUGACACCCUUAGAGAAUCCUUUAAAGGGAUGGCUUCCCACAGCAGAAGCUCACUAAGGCCCAUGAGAAAUGACCUGGAGAAGAGAGGAGAAACGACCUGGGCAUCCUUAUCGAAUGCUGGACUAAGCCAAACUGAAUACCAGAUCAUCACAGACCCUGCGGACGUCCCAGCUUUUUUGAAAUGGCUGUCCUUAGCCAGCUUGCUUGUUUAUGUUGCUGCAUUUUCAAUUGGUCUAGGACCAAUGCCCUGGCUGGUGCUGAGUGAGAUUUUUCCUGGUGGAAUUCGAGGACGAGCCAUGGCUCUAACUUCUAGCAUGAACUGGGGCAUCAAUCUCCUCAUCUCUCUGACCUUUUUGACUGUGACAGAUCUCAUUGGCCUGCCAUGUGUGUGCUUUAUAUAUACAAUUAUGAGUCUAGCAUCUCUGGUUUUUGUUGUUGUGUUUAUACCCGAAACAAAGGGAUGCUCUUUGGAACAAAUAUCAAUGGAGCUGGCAAAAGAGAACUAUGUGAAAAACAAUAUUUGUUUUAUGAGUCAUCACCAAGAGGAAUUAGUGCCAAAACAGCUUCAAAAAAGAAAACCCCAAGAACAGUUCUUGGAGUCUAAAAAGCUACGGGGUAGGGGACAGCCAAGGCAGCUUUCUCCAGAGACCUAAUGGCCUCAAAACCUUACAAAUGUUGAUACAGUAUGAGAACAUUUAGGGUGUCUUCCUACCAAUACAUAUUGGCCACUCCCAUGUUUUCUCUUCGGUAUCACAGAGCUAGUUUAAAAGGGACACCCUGAAAUGAUAGAGACAAUCUUUAAUCUCUACCCCCCCAAAAGGAACCAUGAAAGGUAGGUGAGGAACAAGGUCCUAAGUGAUCCCUUUCUUACUCUGAGCAGAAUACCAGGUUAAAAAUCAAUACCGGUUGGUUAUCUUCCACCUUCUUCACAGAGCAGCCUUUGAAAGACUAUGAACUAGUGAUGAGAACAAUUUUUACCUUAAGGUUUGUAUGCAUAGAGGCCAGUUGCGGCUUUAUUAUUAAGACACAGAAGUUGUCUGAACAUAAGCUUAUGGUUUUUUGCCUACCAAGACACUACCUGCACUGGGUCUUGUG